AUGAUGCAAGGAGCAGAAGCCCGUAACAAGCAGAAUGGAGAGCUGGCAGCUAUCAAACUCAUCAAGAUGGAACCAGAUGAUGAUUUCUCCAUCAUCCAGCAGGAAAUCGUCAUAGUGAAAAGCUGCAAACAUCCCAACAUAGUGGCUUAUUAUGGGAGCUACAUAAGAACCAACAAACUGUGGAUCUGUAUGGAGUUCUGUGGAGGAGGCUCCCUGCAGGAUAUCUACCAUGUGACUGGUCCUCUGUCUGAGCCACAGAUCGCCUACAUCUGCAGGGAGAUGCUGCAGGGUCUGGACUACUUGCAUGCACAGAAAAAAAUCCACAGAGACAUCAAGGGUGCCAACAUCCUCCUGAACGAUCACGGCGAGGUGAAGCUGGCUGACUUUGGGAUCUCGGCUCAGAUCACUGCCACGCUGGCUCGGCGGAUGUCUUUCAUAGGGACGCCAUAUUGGAUGGCGCCAGAGGUAGCAGCAGUGGAGAUUAAAGGCGGCUACAAUGAACUGUGUGACAUCUGGUCGGUGGGCAUCACAGCCAUCGAGCUGGCAGAGCUGCAGCCGCCAAUGUUUGAUGUCCAUCCACUGCGGGUCCUGUUUCUCAUGUCAAAGAGUGGGUACCAGCCUCCUAAACUCAAGGACAAGUCUAAAUGGUCCUCCAUGUUUUAUAACUUUGUAAAGUCCAUGUUGGUGAGGAACCCAAGGAAGAGACCCAGCGCCUCCAAGAUGCUCACACAAAGCUUUCUGACCCAGCAGGGCCUGAACAGGGAGCUAACCCUGGACCUGCUGGAGAAGUAUAGAAACCCUGAGAAGCUCAAGUCCUGCCUGGGGACGGAGGACGAAGAGAUGGAGAUGGCGCUGCCUGGAUCUUUGAGAAGAAUCCAGUCCAUCAACAAACACAACCAGGCAGAGAGGACCAACUCUGACAUCAGCUUGGAACAGAUUUACACUCAGAGGCCUGUGAAGAACCAAUCACCAAACACAACAGUAAGUUCAUCACACAUCCAGAGUUUGAGUAGUAGUUCUAAGUCAUCUGUCUCUGUCUACUGCCUCUCCUCUCACUCCUAUCUCCUGCAGCCUAAAGCUCGCAGCAGCUCAGAGGAGAGCAUGGCGGGGGAGGAGCGGGGGGGGAAGCCCUGCUCUCUGUACCCCCCCACCCCUCUCAUCAGGACCACCAGUGUGUCUCAGGUCCGACCCACACCCAGACCCCGGUCCUCCCGACACUCAGACCCUACGUCCUUCCCUGUCCAGUUGAUGGACCCCCCAGCAGACUCCCCCCCUCCUGAGCUCCCCCCUAAAGGCAUACGCAAAUGGAGACCCCCCUCAAAGGACCCCACUGAGUGCAGCAGCCCUGUCCUGAAGAAACCCCCGGUCUACUUUAAAAAGAUCUUCCACGGCUGCCCUCUCAAGAUAAACUGCUCCACAACGUGGGAGAGCACGGCCGCCAAAGGAGACCAGCACCUGAUCCUGGGGGCGGAGGAGGGGAUCUACACCCUGAACCUGAGCAGCUCCGAGGCCACCAUGGAGCUGCUGUAUCCAGGGAAGUGUACCUGGGUCUACACCAUCAAUAACGUCCUCAUGUCUGUGUCAGGUAAAUCCUCUCAGCUCCACUCACACUCCCUAAAGGAGCUUUACGAACAGGCUCGCAGAGACCAGAGGAUGGUUUCCCUGCCGACUCACAGACUGUUACCAAAGAAAAUUGCAGUGACAUGUAAAAUACCUGAUACUAAAGGCUGCAAGACCUGCGCAGUUGCAGGCAGCGUGGGGGGGUGUGUGUUCCUGUGCUGCGGCCUGGAGUCCAGUGUGGUGCUGCUGCAGUGGUACGAGCCCAUGCACAAGUUCAUGCUCAUCAAGGUAUGUUGA